AUGGACGCAGAUCAAGCCAACAGCCAUCCUGGCUCUGACAACCAGUCUUUCACCUCCCAGCUUUAUGCCGAUGCCAGCCAUGAUGCCAAUUUUGCCAUGAACUGGCAGGAUAAUCAGCAGCCCAACGAGCAGCAAAGCUACCAGCAGCAGAAUGCUCGGCAGGAACAUCAGCUUGGGCAAUACAUCGCCCGACUACAAGAUGACCAACAGCGUCUUCGGCGCCAGCAACAGAUUGCAGAGCAGCAGCUCCAGCUUCUUCAACAACAACAACAACAACGGGUCCAGCAGCAGCAUAAUCAGCAACCAUUUUCUCAACCGGACCAUACCCUACAGACUUCCCCGGAGAGCUAUCAGCAGGUUCUGGACCUCCAGCGCUACGUCCAGCAGGAGUACGCCAGACCGUUCGAUGCCCACCGGCAGUUUCAACCACAGCAGCAGGUGACGUCGUCGCCGCCACCGGGCUAUUUCUUCCACAGCAUCGCGAAUGCCGUCAACGGAUAUCACAUUCCUCCCGGCUCGUUCCCGUCUCCGCCCCCGUCCGCGUUCCUGGGUGACCACGGAAGUUCCCUGGCCGGGACCAGCGCCAGUUUCGAGAAUCUCGGGAACCAGCUGGAUUACCACAGCGGCACACCAGUACCGACAAGCACCGGUAACCCUUCGUCAAGCUUUACUCCCUUUCAGCUCAGCCCUGAUCAGCAAGGUGAUCUGAGUGUCAUCAACACCGAGCAGGGAGGUACUUCCUCCUCCUAUGGGAAUAUUCAGGGCAACAACAACAACAACAACGGCGACGACGACGAGGAGGACGCCCCCCACGAGACAGACGACGAGGGAGAAUGGGGAAAUGACCCAGUUAAUAAUAACCAGACCCCGCAUCCUGUCCCCAGCGAGCUCAACCAAGUCGAGCACCACGGUACCAAGCGGGUCAAAACCGCAGACGACGAGAACGGACCCUCGAAAGGGCCUCGCGGUCGUCAAACAGCCCCCAAGCGUCGCGGCCGCCCCAAGAAAACCGCGGCAGGCAACGAUAACGAGCCCGUCAGCCGGCAGCCUGCCCAACAAGGCGCACACAGCCCCCUGAGCAGCUUUAGCGACGGCUUUUUCGUCCACCCAAGGGUGCCCCUCAACCCGGCAACUCCCUUUCCUCCUGCCCCGGGCCUCGACUCCGGUUCGCUGGUCCUCCCCAACCCCCAGGAACCGCAGCGCCGAAUCAUCAACCCGGAGCGAGCGUUUAGGUUCCCACCAUUACCGGCCGACAGGCGUCAGGCCGUCCAGAGCGGUCGCGUCGGACCGUAUAUAGACGGCGACUGGAUGGUGCGAAUCGAGUCGCAGACGGGGGACCUUGUGCGCCUCGCGCGUCGUCAAAUUCGCCCCGUCUCGCGCGAACCGGGUUCGGGUCCGGAGCAGGCCGGGGUCGUCUCCGAGUUGGAGGAGGUAUGGACGCAUCCCGAGACCGGACAGGACUUGCGCCAGGUGCGCAUCCCCACCUCUGGCCGUCCGGUCAUGGGUCCCGACGGCGCGUUCCACGGAUUUGAAGGGUCUGUUGAGACGGCGUGGCUCUUUGGUUAA